GAAAUUUUCCCCAUUUCAUUUUGGGCGCACUGUUUCGAUAAGGAAGAGGGGCGGAGAGGGAGCGAUAGGCAGAGGCGCUCGAGCGACGGAGGAGAGGAGGCGGUUCCGUCGGGUUCUUACCGUUUUCCGAGUUCCCUCUCUGCUCGAGCUUGAUUUUUUUUCCUUUGAUUCAGGGCUCCCCCGGUUGGUUGUUCUUGUCUCUCCCCCUCCUCUCAUGCGAUUUUUCCCUGUCUGUUCGUGUAGCUUCCAGAUCUAUGUCUGUGGAUUAUUGGUAGUUGUAUUUUGAUGCGUUUGGUUCCAUGGAUGCCCCUCUGCACGCGUCAGAUGUAUGAAUUCGUGUGUUAGGUACUUAGGUCUGGCCUGUUCUUCCUCUGUUAGGUUUUAGGUGUUCUCGUUUUGAUUCCCUCAGUGGAGGCGCUGGUAGGUUGUACGUUUAGAUGUUGGUCAUCUAAAUAGGGUUCGGGCUUGUGGUUUCUGCUGGUAGUAUUGCUUCGUAUGGCUUGCCCUCUGCAUAUGUAGUUCUACCAUCUGGUAGGGUUAGGGUUUGUAAUUUUUGUUGUAGUUGUAAGUGUUUUAGCUUGCUUGUUGAUGCUAUUAUUGUGUGUCAAAUUUAAUAGGGGAUUGGUCUGGCUCGUCCCCUUCUCGUGUUGUUCUUCCAUGUGGUAGGGGUUAGUGUUUGUGAUUUUGGUUGUAGAGGUAAGGUUUAGGUAGCUUUGUUGAUGUUAUUCUCUUUAGCAUUUUGUCCGCAAAUGUUUUUGUAAUGUUAAGUCUGAAUUAGGGUGGAUGUUAACUGUGAAUUUCACUGUAAUGCAUCCCAUUAUUCCCUAGUUACAUUGUAAUUUACCAACUGUAUUAUUCCCCAGAUAAUUACUGUGCAUUUUAACUCUGAAUUACAGUGUAGUUUUUAUGCUUUGUCUCUGUAAUUGAUGUAAGUUUAAUUACUGUGUAAUCGUAAGAUAGUUUACACUGUAAUUUACUAACUGUAUUAUUCCCCAGAUAAUUACAGUGGAUUUUAACUCCGAAUUACAGUGUAGUUUGUAUGCUUCAUCUUUGUAAUUGCUAUAUGUCUAAUUACUAUGUAACUGUGAGAUAGUUUACACUUUCACAAUGUAAUUACUAUGUAAUUACAGUGUAGUUUGUAUGCUUCGUCUCACACCAGGACGUUCCGUUAGUAUCACCUUUUUGAGAGUGCAGAUUCUGUCGGUGAACUGUUUGUGCCUAAUGCCUUUGCGGAAAAUGGUUCUUGUGCUAUGUCUAUGGAACUUUCUGGUGAUGAAGGAGGUUUUGAGAAAGCUCUUCUGAAGUUCUAUUUGAAUCAAAAAGUAAAAUGCUUGAAGAGGAAAUUAUCAUCUACUGUGAGAAGGAGUGUCGUUAGUCCCCCUUGGCUUACCGGCGAGUCGGGUGCGCGCAUCGACCUGUACCAUCUGACCGACCUUGUCAAGGCGGGCCGGUGGGACGAGGCCAUCGACCAUCUCUCCUGCUUCCUGCCGUGCGACCUUGCUCUGGGCGCCCACGGCCGCGUCCUCCUCCACUUCCUCCGCGUGCACAAGGCCGUCCACGACAUCGUCUCCGGGGCGCCCGAGAGCCGUGCCGUCUCUGCAGCUCUCAGGAUAUGCUUCACCAAGAAUUUUACCAUCAACCACGCCAUCACCAAGCUCCGCACCAUCCUCUGGUCCCUCCACUCCUCCAGCGGAUUCAGGGACUCCCUGGACUUUGGGCGCGUGAGAGACAAAGCGGCGUCCACUGUCGUUUACUUGGCUUAUCAAACUCCAGAGUUGAGAGAACAUAUGAAAGAGGCGCGUGGCCCAGCGGAACCCCACAAUGUACUCCCCAUUGGCUUCGGCUUCCGUCCAAGGCGCCAUGUGAAGCGAGGCCCCAUCCCGGGCUCUGUUCUUGUCAAGCACUAUCUUCAUAAGAGGAGGAUGCUUGCUUCUUCGAUAUCAAGUCACUGUGAAGGGUCAAGUUCUGAAUCGUUAAUUAAGGCAAAAGAAUGGAUGGUGGAUCUUGUUGAUUCAUAUUUGGAAGCUGGUAAGCGGCAUCAAGGGUAUCCACUUCAAUAUGUUUGUACUCCAAUGGUACACAAAGGUGCUCCUGUUGAUCCAUUCUCGCGGAGUAAUCUUGGUACAUUCAGAAGUCCGGCUAGAAAUCCUGGCAUGUCAUCAGACACCGAUUUCGACUUGUUAGUCCUCAAGACAAAGGAAUGGGCGAUUUACCUUAUAGACUUGUUAGUCCUCAAGACAAAGGAAUGGGCGAUUUACCUUAUAGAUCAACGGCUGGAAGCUUGGCCGGACCUUAGUCAAGGGCAUGAGUAUCCAUUUCGAUGUGUCAAUAAGGAUGGUUUUCCAGUUGCCCGAAUUUCGCAGACUAUCCCUGUUACCUUGGUGGGGCAUGCUAAAAGUUUUGCACUUUCAUCACUAACAAAAGCAGAAGUUCCAUCCUUCAUUCAGGUGCUCCAUCCUUUGGAAGGUCCUGCUAGAAACUAUGGGAUCCCACCAGUGACAAAUGCAGGUGGUCUACCUUCACAGGCCAUGUCUGCUAUCUUGGCACCUCCUUAUGACCAGUUCUUGAUUACAACAGAGAAAGAUGCAGGUGCUCUGUCCUCAAAGGCCAUGUCUGCUAUCUUGGCAUCUCCUUCUAAAUAUAUCAAGGCAAAUGCAGAUGCUCUACCCUCAGAGACUAUGUCUCCUAUCUGGGCAUCUCCUUAUGAAAACUCUCUGGUCUCGACAAUGACAAAUGCAGGUACACAUAAGCAUUUGAGUCAAGAACAUUGCUAUACUGAGAAUGUUUGCCAGGAUUUCAGCCCAAGGAAGAAUCCAAGGAUGGAACUGACAACUGUUGGGCAAGGCUUUAAUCCGAAAAGGCAACGGACAACUCCAGUAUAAUACUGUUCGAGUGCAGGCUUCGCUGAUUGAAGGUAAAGCUGAAGGUCACCUCACACCAUGUUCUUGAGUGGUGGGAUCGACUUCACUCAUGGGGCUUCUAUCUUUGUGAAAAGACGCCCUGAUACUGUUAGUGGGCUUGUGGUGCUGCUGCCCCCAGCGUGAACUUUGUUGUUUUUAUUUUUUGUGAACCUAUGUUGUGCGUUCCGAUCGUACUUUGAACUAUGUAUUGUCGCUACUUGAGCCAAGUUAUGUCUUUUCUUUUUGUGAAA